AUGAUUAUUUCAUUGAUGAGCGAUAAUCUAUCUGAAAUUGUCCAUAUCUAUCUAUCUAUCUAUCUAUCUAUCUAUCUAUCUAUCUAUUUAAGCCAUAUGAAUGUCUGUGAAUUUGGCGGAACUUCGGCCGUCUGUCGCAUAAUGAUUUAUGUUUCUUUGCAUAUCUCUCUUUCGACCACUGUCUUUUCCCCUCUCUCUUUCCACCUCUCUGUCUAUCCACCUCUCUGUCUUCUCACCUCACUAUUUCCACACAUCUCUCUUUUCACCUUUCUCUCUCUCUCUUUCAACCUUCCUCUCUGUCUUUACACCUCUCUCUUUCCACCUCUCUGUCUAUCCACCUCUCUGUCUUCUCACCUCUCUCUUUCCACCUUUCUCUUUCCACACAUCUCUCUUUUCACCUUUCUCUCUCUCUUUCAACCUUCCUCUCUGUCUUUACACCUCGGUCUUUCCAACCCCCUCUUUCUACUUCUCUCUCUUUCUACCCCUCUCUUACCACCUCUCCCUCUUUCCACCUUUCCCUCUUUCCACCUCUCUUAUUUAUGCCGUGCCCUGUAUAAGAAAAGCCAAUUUGAUCUAUCUAUCUAUCUAUCUAUCUAUCUAUCUAUCUAUCUAUCUCCUCUUAAUAUCUAUCUCGCCAGCUAG